AUGCCACCAACGCACCAAAAAGAACGUCUUGUCUGCACAGAUGUCUCGGCCACGCGUUUAGAGCGUCUUCGAAUUGUGCUAAAUGGAUUCGCUUGUGGUAUAGGACGCGACCGUCCUGGUUUGCCCGACGUUGAGGUUUACUCUACUCCGUCUCUAUUACGAAACAGUAAAACUCGAAGUGGCCAACUUUUCUCCAGAGUCCUGGUCGAUGUGCCCUGUUCGACAGACCGCGAUGCACUUACUUCGGUAUCUGGUGGGUACUUCGCACGUGGAAAGAGCUCCGAGCGAAUUAAUCUACCGGAAACCCAGAAGAGACUGCUUCGGUAA